ACAUAGCAGUUAGUAUGCUAAACAUCUAUGAUAUUCAGCUUAUUUAUAUGUUUGCAGAAUUGAUAAUUAAAUGCUGGCGCGACACUUAAUUAUAUCCAAGGUAACCAACAAACCGUUACUAUUAAAUUUUAUUUCAAAUUGGAGGCAUUUGUCAAGAAGCAUGUCCUCAGAGGAGACCACAAAAAUCGCGGUUUGUCAAUUGACAUCAACCGAGGACAAGAAUAAAAAUUUUGAGAGCUUAAAAAACCUCUUAACAAAAGCAGCUGAUAACAAUGCCAAGAUUGCAUUCUUUCCAGAAUGUACAGACUAUGUGGCAUCUACGUCUACAAAAUCUGUGGAAUUUGCAGAAACCUUGGAUGGACCUUUAAUGACUAGUUACAGAAGUCUAGCUAAAGAGAAAGAUAUCUGGAUAUCUAUUGGUGGUUUUCAUGAAAAAAGUGAAAAUGAUAAGCUAAACAAUAGCCAUGUUCUGAUUGAUAAUAAUGGAGAGAUUUGCUCUGUAUAUAGGAAACUACAUUUGUUCAAUGUAUCACUUCCUGAUGAAGGUAUAAAUUUACAAGAAUCCAAAUAUGUUAAUGGUGGAGAUAUUAUACAGGCCCCUGUAAAAACGCCUGCUGGUUUGAUUGGAUUAUCAAUUUGCUAUGAUAUGCGUUUCCCAGAACUAAGUACUCAUUUAAGAAAAAUGGGUGCUGAUAUUUUGACAUUUCCUUCAGCUUUUACUACAAGUACAGGGAAAGCGCAUUGGUCUACUUUGCUCAAAGCAAGGGCAAUUGAAAACCAAUGCUAUGUUGUAGCAGCUGCCCAAUUUGGAAUACACAACAGUAAACGGACUUCGCAUGGCCAUUCAAUUAUAUUUGAUCCCUGGGGUAAAAUUGUUGCUGAAUGUCGACCUUUUAGUGAAAACUGUGGUAAAAGCGAAGACGAGAGUUUGGCUUUUGCUGAGAUCGAUCUAAAGUAUUUGCAAAAAGUACGAAAACAAAUGCCAGUGUUUCAACAUAGACGCGACGAUGUUUACACUUUACAAUUAAACCAUCAGCCGAAAAAUUCGUUGGAUGAUAAUAAUUACAUGUUUGGUAAAGUUGUAAUACCAUCAUCAACGGUUUUUCUGCGUUCAAAGUAUGUGUACGCUUUUACCAAUAUACGUUGUGUGGUUCCAGGACAUGUUCUGAUUACUAGCUUACGAAGUGCCAAUCGUUUAGAGGAUUUAAAUUCCGAAGAGUUAGCGGAUUUCUUUGAUGUUGUUGUUAGGGUUCAGAAAGUCAUGGAACGGGUACAAUCCACGGACUCAUCUACAAUAUGCAUACAGGAUGGAAAGCAUGCUGGACAAACGGUGCCGCAAGUUCAUUGCCAUAUAUUGCCUAGAAAAGCGAACGACUUUGAGAGAAACGAUGAUAUAUACUCUGAAUUGGCUAAACAUGAUCGAGAUGAUAAUCCGAAUCCAUUAAGAAGCAACGACGAAAUGUCCGAGGAAGCAUUCAUGUUGAGAAACUAUUUUUGAAAUUUCUUUGUUGCUAAAUUCACAAUGCAAAUUCAUAGAUAUAUUUAAAUGCUUAAAAAAGAGAAUAAAUAAAUAUUUUUAUUUCAGUUAA